AUGGAUCGGCGGCACGGUGGGGAUCCUGCCCAACUCAGCCGUCGGGAUCGGAGCCGUGCUGGCGGUGAUGGGAUUGGCGCGGGGUGGCUGGCGUACCGGCAACGCGCUGAGCUGGCGGACUUCUUUCGCCGGCGCUGGAAGGUAGUGCUGACCACGGAGCUGCUGUUCCUGGCGGUUUUCGCGUUCUGGGCGCUGGUGAUCAGCGAGGCGCCGGCCAUCAACCACACGGAAAAGCCGAUGGACUUCGGCAUCCUCAACGCCGUCGCGAAUUCGGACGGAUUUCCGCCGGAGGACCAGUGGCUCUCGGGCCACAGCAUCGCCUACUACUACGGCGGACACUACGUGGCCGCGAUGCUGUCGACCCUGACCGGCGUGGCCACGGACAAGGCAUACAACCUGGCGGUGGCAACCAUACCGGCGAUGCUGGCCGCAGGGAUACUGGGGCUGGUGUACAACGUGCUGCGAUUCGCCGGAGCCCGGGCGUUGCCGGCCGCGGGCACGGGCUUGCUCACCGGACUGGGAGUGACUAUGCUGGGCAACCUGUCCGGCGUGCUGGAGCUGGCCUACGUGCGCGGGGUGGGCGGUGCAUGGUUCUGGGAUUGGGUUGCGGUAAAGGGACUGGAAGCGCCGUCCGGUGGCGAGAGUUGGCUUCCCGACGGGUUCUGGUGGUGGUGGCGGGGCACCCGGGUGAUAGACACGCUGACGGAAACGGGGACGUCGCUGGACUACACCAUAACCGAGGUCCCGUUCUUCAGCUUCCUGCUGGGCGAUCUGCACGCGCACGUAACGUCGCUGCCCUUCGUGACGCUAGUCCUGACGCUGACCCUGGCGUUGCUGGUAUCGCCGCGCGCGCCCGGCCUGAAUUGGCUGCGACGCCGGCCGGGCGAAGCGGCGGCGCUGGCGCUGGCGCUGGGUUCGCUGGCGUUCAUCAACGCCUGGGACUUCCCGCUGUACGUGGCAAUCGUGGCGAUGGCAGCGGUGGCGUGCUGGUCAGCCUGGCGCAUACACCUGGACGAAGUCGAAACGGACGCGAACGGUGCGGCUUCGGGAUCUAUACUCGCGCUGGCGGUGGGACGGGCCGCGUUGCUGGCCGGCGGCCUGGUCGCGGCGGGGGUGGCGCUGUUUCUGCCCUUCUACCAGUCCUUCGACAGCCAGGCGGGAGGGAUACUGCCGGUGACGGGGCCGGCGACGCGACCGUUCCACUUCCUGGUGGUGAUGGGAGUGCCGGCGUUCCUGGCGGCGGCGCUGGUGGCCCGAUCACUGCCGGCGCUGAUGGCGCAGACGGCGGGCAAGCGCCUGCUGGUUUGGCCGGUGGCGGGAUUCAGCAUCGCUCCGUUUUUCGUCUGGCUGAUCGCGGUGGCGGUGGUGGUUUCGCUCAAGCCGGACGACACGACGUUGGCGGACGGCCUGGUGUGGCAUCGGAUCGUGCUGACACUACCCCUGCUGGUCAUGGGCGGACUGGCGACCUACUGCGGGCUGGUGCUGGCGGCAAGCCGGCGGCCGAUGCAGUGGCUGGUGUUCGCGCUGAUCCUGGCGGCGGCGGGGUUCUACCUGCUGGCCGGAGCGGAGCUGUUCCGAAUCGUGGACCUGUUCGGCAGCCGGAUGAACACGGUAUUCAAGGUGUACUACCAGGCGUGGGUCCUGCUGGGGAUUGCCGGCGGGGUGGGCAUCUAUUACAUUGUGGCCGGUCCGGUUCGGCUGCGCCUGGCAGACUACCGGACGGGAAUCUACAAGGCAGCGGGGAUGGCGUGGGCCGCGCUGGCGGCGGGGCUGAUACUGGCGUCGGCCUACUAUCCCGUGGCCGCCGUGCUGGACCGCACCGGGUGGUUCCAGGACGGCGCGAGCCGAGGAGACAACACGCUGGCCGGGCUGGACUUCCUGCGGCGCGGCGAGCCGGGAGAAUACGACGCCAUCACCUGGCUCAACAACGAGGCGGGACCGGGUCGCAUUGUGGAGGCGGUGGGCGACGGCUACAGCCACUACGGACGGAUCUCGGGCGCCACGGGUCGCGCGACGGUCCUGGGCUGGGAGGGUCACCAGCGCCAGUGGCGAGGUGAUGACAGCGCGUUCGCCGGCCGAGGGCACGACGUGGAGACCAUCUACCAGGGAAACGAAGGAGAAGAGACGCUGCGCCCGCUGGAAGUCUACGGCGUGCGCUGGGUGGUGGUUGGGCCCCGGGAGAGGGAAGCCUACGGCGACGAAGUUGACGAAAGGAUGGAACAGUGGGCGGCGGAAGGCUGGCUGGAGCCGGCCUUCUCAUCGGACAACGUGACGAUCUAUGAAGUAAUCGGCAAGUGA